ACGAACCCCGUCGCUUGACGUUGUUGUUGUAACUGCUGGAGAAAUUACUUUUGUCGGCGCUGGUCCGGUUCGGGAUUUUACUUCUCGUCUCCGCGCACGAAGAUGCUAAAAAGUUAGGAGUUGUCGCCGCGGGAGACGUUCGUCGUUGUUCACGAGGCGGCCCUCGCCGGGAGAACUUCAUGGGACGACGGGAACAACCUCUGCGAGGCCGCUCGGGGUAAGAAGAAGUGCACGGGAGACCGUGGGCUACUAGCCCGUACGUUAGCUAGCGUUAGCCGCUGAUUAGCCUGGCUGGAGGUAGCCCCACUUGCUAGGAACGGGAUUUUGUGGACUCGCCGAAAAACAAACCGCACAACACCCGGAAGGAGGAUGCGCACACGCAUGUAACGCAGGUGUGGCUGGUAGAGCAGCUCGAGGUAGAGGAUCUCUCCCCCUCACCCUCUCCCCUGGCGCCCUUUUAGGGGGAGAGCAGUGUCCUCGGUUUGUUUUUCUUCUUUUUCUGCCCGGAAGCAACCCUCCCACUUGUGAAUUCAUGAUCACAUGACCGUGGAUAUGGACGCAGUCCUAUCCGACUUUGUCCGUUCCACUGGAGCUGAACCGGGAUUGGCCAGAGAUUUGCUAGAGGGCAAGAACUGGGAUUUCACUGCUGCACUCAGUGACUUCGAGCAGCUUCGACAGGUGCAUGCUGGGAACCUGACGUAUUCUUUCGCAGAGGAGAGAACGUAUCUGCCUCUGGAAAAGGAGAUGGCGAGAAUAGGGCGGCCAAUGCUCCACCGACAAGACGAGGUGGUGCAAGCCACAGAGAAGCGCCUGUCCAGGGGGAUUUCUCACGCCAGUUCAACCAUCGUGUCCCUUGCCCGUUCUCACGUCUCCAGCACCGGCGGUAGCAGCAAUGAGCCACUUCUGGACACGCCCCUGUGCACUUUCCAACUACCAGACCUCACCGUGUACCAGGACGACUUCCGUGGUUUCAUCGAGAGGGAUCUUAUAGAGCAGUCCAUGAUGGUGGCCUUGGAGCAUGCAGGUCGACUGAAUUGGUGGACAAAAGUAGUUUCAAACUGUCAGAAUCUGCUGCCGCUGGCAACGAGCGGAGAUGGAAAUUGCCUGUUACACGCAGCCUCGCUUGGCAUGUGGGGCUUUCAUGACCGGGACUUGAUGCUGCGUAAGUCGCUCUACGCGCUGAUGGAUCACGGGUUGGAGAGAGACGCACUGAAGCGCAGGUGGAGGUGGCAGCAGACCCAACAGAACAAAGAGUCUGGUCUGGUGUACACGGAGGAGGAGUGGCAGAAGGAGUGGAAUGAACUGUUGAAGUUAGCCUCCAGUGAGCCGAGAAUACACUACAGCACCAACGGCACCAACGGGGCGGAGUCUUCGGAUGAACCGGUUUAUGAGAGUUUAGAGGAGUUUCACGUCUUUGUGCUGGCUCAUGUUCUCAGACGACCCAUAGUGGUGGUGGCUGACACCAUGCUGAGGGACUCUGGAGGAGAGGCCUUUGCUCCCAUCCCGUUCGGAGGCAUAUACCUACCGCUGGAGGUGCCAGCUGCUAAGUGCCAUCGCUCGCCGCUGGUCCUGGCGUAUGACCAGGCGCACUUUUCAGCGCUGGUCUCGAUGGAGCAGAAGCACAGCUCCAAAGAGCAAGUCGUGAUCCCUCUCACGGACUCGGAGCACAAAAUGCUGCCUCUGCACUUUGCUGUGGAUCCUGGGAAAGACUGGGAGUGGGGCAAGGAUGACUCAGACAAUGUGAUGCUAGCAAGUGUGGCUCUGUCUCUGGAGGCCAAGCUCCAGAUGUUGCACAGCUACAUGACGGUCACCUGGCUGCCUCUGCCCUGCGAGCAAGCGCCUCUGGCACAGCCCGAGUCUCCCACUGCAUCGGCAGGAGAGGAUACACGCACGCCUCCUGACUCAGGCGAGUCGGACAAGGAGUCAGUCAGCAGCAGCUCCAAUGGCAACUGUGACACAACCACAGGAUCAACGGCCUAUGGAGGCGGAUCCUUGGCCAAAAACAGCUCCUCGUCCUCAUCUAGUUCCUCUAGCAGUGGUUCGGCAGGGACAGGAACAGCAGGGAAGGACAAAACCAAGAAGGACAAGGAUAAAGACAAGAAGAGGGCAGACUCUGUGGCCAAUAAGCUCGGCAGUUUUGGCAAGAGCCUGGGCAGCAAGCUGAAAAAGAACGUGGGCGGACUGAUGACGGGAAAGAACGCUGGGGCUGGAGGUGCCAAGCAGGAGGGCGGGGAGAAGAAAAAGGGCUCGUUUAGGGGGAGGAAGGGCAGCAAGGAUAGCUCGCCUUCAGCCCAUGCCUCAGAGGAUUCUGGGAAAGGCUCCCCCUCCUCAGGUAGCGAGCGUCUGAAUGGAACAGGAAGCAGUAUGAGCAGCAGUGGUGGGAGCAGUAUCGAGAACGAGACCUACAAGUACAGUGCAGAUGUGAAGGUUAGCAUCGGCAUCCUACGAGCCGCCAUGCAGGGUGAGAGAAAGUUCAUCUUCGCCAGCCUCCUCACUACGAGCAACAGGCAGCCCUUCCAGGAGGAGAUGAUCCAGCGCUACUUGGCCGACGCAGAGGAGCGCUUCCGGGCGGAGCAGGAGCAACAGCGUCGUGAUGUAGAGAGGAAAGUAGUCACUAAUGGCGUCCAGCCAUCUAAGAAGGAGGUGGUUGGUGGUACGGAGCUGAGUUAUCGGCCUUAUGAGGCCAAAGAGGUUCUGUCAGAGAACUCGUCACCUUCCUUCAACCCUCUCAAAUCCUCUCCUUUGAGCCCCUCUAUGUACUCUGGGGUCAUUCCCAUCCCCCGGCCCUCCUUCAUAGAUCAGACUCCUGCUGCGGCUCCCCUCACCCAGCAUCUUCACAUGCAUGGCUACAUGGAAAAUCGGCGGCAGCUUGCUGGUGGCUCCCCAGUAACCUCCUAUCCCGGCCUCCCAGCGUAUGCCACGCUUCCGCGACACUGCCCCACAACACAGGGACCCUCACACCCUCAGUACAAUAUCCCACAAGGCCCCUCCUCCCUCAGUCCCUCCCGCCUUGCGCCCUCAUACCCCCCAGAGUUCGUUCCACCAGAUUAUCCUGUGUCUGAACCUGCUGCUGCCGGGAGCUACACCAACGGCUUCCGGGAUAUGCACCCCAACCUAGACUCUCGGAGUGGGCAACCACCAGUCAGACACUACUCGCUGGGCAGCGCCGGUGGUUUGGCCAGCCUGCCGUCCAGCCGCUGUCGGACUCCCAGCUGCACCUACUACGGACACCCGGAGACGGGCAACUACUGCUCCUACUGCUACCGGGAGGAGCUGAAGAAGAGGGAGCCAGAACCAACCAUCCACAGGUUCUGAGCGGACCUCGCUGUGGCUUGAAUUCGUUGAGUGGCCUUUUCAGUUUAAGUGGCGGCUGGGGGCGGAUCAGCCUCCGUGCGGACAAGAGGACGUCAAACAGCUCCCUCCUUUUCUUAGCUGUGUCACCUCCACGUCAGAGCGUGACGGAGAGUCGAUUACAGAAUAAGCAGGGUUGUUUCUGACAGCAGGGGAGAUGGUAUUAGACCAUAGGACAAACUAACUGCACUUCUGUUACAUUUUUCUGUGGCUCUUAUGCAGGUGGUCGCGUGUGUGUUUGUGUGUGUGUGAGUGUGCGAGUGAGUGUGUGAGAGUGUGUGUGUGUGUGUGUGUGUGUGUUUGUGUGUGUGUGAGUUGCAGGCUCUCCUCCUGUAUCAGAUUUUAACGCCUUGCUAUUGUCUCCUCCUUGUGGAGAGAAUGUAUAUUGCAGGCAAUACAUAACACUUAUCAACACUCAGUGCAUGCACACAUACACACCAAGUCAGACUCACACUACACAAACAGCGAUGCAAGCACAAACAAAAGGCACGAGUGUCUCCUCUCCAGCUGUGGUCUGAGAUAAUGUUUGGGUCGGUGAAUUAAGGGACGUUUGAGCAUUUUGAAGUCACAUCCUCUGAGGGUGAUAUCAGUGAUUUCAUCUUACACUACUGUUACUAGAUGCUUGCAUCACACGUACCUCGGGAAACAGCAGAAUUAAUCCUUUUUUUUCGUUCGGUCACCAUUUGCAUAAUGCAAAUUGCAACUAGCGUGCAAUGCUAAUCAUUAAGCGCUCUGUAGGCUGCUGUGGUGCUAAUGUUCCAGAUUGCAAACACAUAAAUGUUCGUGCGUCCUACACAACCUGUCCUGCGUUGUUAGCAGUAUCUCUCUGGCUAAAAACAAAAUAUACAUUUUGUCCAAUCAUAUAUCUAAACAUUGGAUUUUGAAGAUGUCAGCAGUCGGUCACAUUACUGACCAGGCAUUGUAGAACAAGAAGACUAAAGCAACGUAGCUCGAUAGUAAGAAGCUGUUCCCAGAGCCUGAUUCAGAGGAUUUCACAUGUUGGUUGGAAUUUUUCUUCAUUGGGGGUUUUUCUGUUUCUGUAUAACGAUGGACGUUGUUGAGGCGUCUGAUCAUCGUGACAACACACUACAAAGUCAAAAUGUCACAUCCAGCACAGCAGAUUUUGGAGACACGUGUGAAUAUAUAGCAUUUCAAAUAAGGUUUGUUUAAAAUGCCAUGCAAUACAAUUUUAUUUAAACCGGUGACAUAAAGCUGCAUCAAAGUAAAAAAAAAACGUCUGCGGUUGUAAUCGUCUCCAACAAAUUGCUUUCUCGCAUUUGUUGGCUGUUGAUGCUCAAAACUAAUAAUUCUCUUUGCACUGACAAAUUCUGGUUCUGAACGUCACGACAAACCCUCGACGCUCUGCUGCUUUCUAACAUCCCACCAUCACACAAAAGGUCGACGCAACAUCCACAGAGGGGACAACCUUCCUCCUCGCUGGUUUGGUCGCCCACUGCAAAUUUUAAACUUCUACUGAAGGCGGUUUUUCCUGACUCCUGGCAUUUGUCCCGCCAAAACCUGAUCUGUCUUUUUUUGCACAAAGUCAAGCACUUUCCUGAUGUCCGUCGACACCGUAUGUUUUGCUGUUUUUGGAAGUGGCCUGACGGUUGUCCUGUGUUCAUCUCUGCAGACACUGCCACCUCUGUUCGUGGGAAAUUAGAGCCCUGAGGGUUUUCUCUAAAGGAUUCAGUUACUGUAGAGACACAGCAUUUCGGUGCAGUGUCACCAUCUAACUCAACUUCCUAGUUGCCUUUUUUGACGUCUGUCCUCGCGGCAUCACCGUGUAUUUCCUCUGAAAAGAAAAAAACAUAUAAAUCAAAUAAUCCACUGCUCGCUUUCAUUGCCUGCAGUUUUUGAGACUACUGCCCCCUAAAUUUAAAAUGUUAAUAUUAUUUCCAUUUGUGUUGACGCUUUUGAAAUAAUACAGUUAUUCUCUCUUCAGUUCGGAAAACAGUAUCAGUGAGUUGAUACCAGCUGAUGUUCUGUCUUUGAGUUUUCCUUGUUAUUAUUUUAAGGCUGUUUUUGUUGUGCGAAUGUCAAAAUGACUACUUAAAUACUGAAACAAUGAUAAGCCAUGGUAGCGUGACACUCGUUGCUCUACUGCUCUGGCAUGAAGUCCGAUAGAAAAGCACAAUUUAGUAUGCAAGUCACUGCCUUGCCCAGUUGAGGGCGCCCUUGAUUUAGUUUUCUUCUUUUAACCCAGUAUUUGGAGUUUGCCCUUGUUGCUCUAAACCCAAACUACAAACACAAAUGACCAAAAUUUCAGGGGAGUAAACUUCACAAGUACUAAUUUAACACUAUAACAAUAUUUUAACAGUAUUGUCCAACAACUGCAGAUGCUGUUAAAUGAAGGGGGAGAGGCUUUUCUUUUUUUUUUUUGCCGUGCAUUUAAACCCACAGUUUCCCAAGAAAACAUUUGCCGUGUUUGUGUGUUGACGUGUUCAUGCACUAGCAUUUUAAAAUCCCCAUCAAAUGUUCUCUUCCUAUGGGAAAGUGAUGCCUGUUUUUGAAAAGACAUGUGUAUGUGUGCAUUCUCUCUGUCCUCCCUCCAGAGUAAUAAUUUAGCUUAAUGAAUCCAUUUUCUUAUUUUUAUUUUUGCAAUGAAACGGAUGCCUCAGAACUGUGUAAAACAUCAGGCUAGACUUUUUUGUAUUUAAGAUUAAAAAAACAAUGAGAGGUUGUGUGAAUAUGUUCCAUGUUAUUUUUGUAAAAGCCCAAAGUUUUACAGUGUUUUUAAAAAUGGUAAGAAUGUAUAUUGUUGGAUACUGAAGCAGGAAUGGACGAUGAGCUUGUAAGAGCCUGGGUUUGGUGUAGAACUGUAUUUGAAGGCGACUCCCAGACGGGCCUCCUGAAAACUCGAGGCUCCCUCAUUGCAAACUAAUUUCCUUAACGCUGACCUAACAAGAUACCAUUUGAGAAUAUAUAUUUAUAGUGAGAUUUUUUUAAUAGGUUUCCUUGUGGAAUGUUUAGUUCAGGCGAUUUAGGAUGUUCUUUCUCACGUGGCUAAUUGUCAUAGCAGUCUGGCUUUUAUUUGUUUUGCGUUUUGAUUUGUACAUUUCAUUUUCCGUUUGGUUCUUUUCCUACCAAAACAAACCCCACGCUAUGCCGAAACACGACGGUGAUGUUCUUGUCGACCCGGCUCGUUUCCUCCAAACCAGAAGAGAAAUGGCUCAGAAUUAGUUUUGCAACACAACUGACCCAAGUAUAUUUUUAUAUAUUAUAUUGUAAAACACUGUCGUUUCUGUGGGAACAGAAAACUCAUCAUCGGUGACGUUGACAUGAAAUACUUAGAGUUGCAUGGGACUGGAACUGUUGCAUGUAAACCACAAUUCAUUUUUACCAAAUUUGUGCAUUAUUUGACUCUUUGAUUUCAGUUGUCCUGGUAUUUUAAUC